UCUGACUUAUUCGCGUAAGUUUUUGCGUUGAAGAAGAGGAAGUAAUUACUUCGGAGGCUCUCACAUCCCCUCCAAUUCCUCCAAUCAUAACCUGACACCUUCAAUCACAAUGUCCCAAUCAGAAACCAUCCUCAUAACCGCAGGAUCAUACCGCUUUCUUGGAAUCCUAGAAUCCUCCUCCGCACCCCAAACCUGCGCCCUCUUCCGCUCCCUACUCCCCUACACCCAAAAGCUAAUCCACGUGCGCUGGUCAGGGGAAGGUCUCUGGAUCCCGCUCGGCUACAACGCUACUAAAUUCAACAUCCCGUUUGAGAACCACACUUCUCAUCCUGCACCUGGACAGAUCUUACUUUAUCCUGGGGGCAUCAGUGAGACGGAGUUCCUGUGGGCGUAUGGAGAAGUCAGUUUUGCGAGUAAGAUGGGACAGUUGGCUGCGAAUCAUUUUUUGACGAUUGUGGAGGGUGGGGAGAAUUUGAGGAAGCUAGGAGAGAAGGUGUUGUGGGAGGGCGCGUUGGAGGUUAGUUUUGAGGCGGCAAAUGAGGAGAUGAUCAGGGAAUUCAGAAGUGAGGGUAACAGUGGGGAAUGGAGAGUAGCAAAAUUAUGACUGAAACCGAGAUGAAGAAAUUUAAAGCUAUCAAGCAGGCAAUGAGACUUAAUAUGAAAUUUUGAUGUAGACACCAUAGAGAGAUACUCGGGUUCUCAAAAUCGAGUCAGACAUUU